AUGAGUCCACAGGAAAACAUCUUCACCUUCGUUCUCUCGCUUCUACGACUUUACUUGAUGACAUCCUUGAUUUUGUGGGACCUGUCCACCUCUUCAUCUCUCCACUGACGAAGAGGAGGGACAAGCCUCCAUCGCAGCACACACUGUGGCAAACGUAUUGAAACGGACGCAACUCUCAAUCGAUCGAUCGAUCAGUCAAUGAGUAGGAGUCGGGAGUGUGCGGGGAGGGUUGACUCGCGAUGAACGUUCAUCGUCGAUCUUCCGAGAUGGCUGAUGGGGUCAAAGGUCAAGUCCGCAGCUGGAAGAAACGUGGGACCGGGCAACUCCAUGGAUGACUUCAUGACGGACUCUGUGACCGAGGACCCCUGGUACGGCGGACCGACGGCCAGCACCGCCGACUACGACUUCCCGAACCUGAUGUGCGACCUGUCGUCGGUGCGGGCCUUCCGGCGCGCGUGCGAGCCGCCGCUCUUCUGGAUGAUCGCGCUGGUGGGCGGUGCCGGGAACCUGGCGGUGGUCUGGAUCUACCUGAACUUCCGUCGGCGUCUCAAGACCAUGACCGACGUGUUCCUGCUCAACCUGGCUGUGGCCGACCUUCUGUUCCUGGUCACGCUGCCCCUGUGGGCGGCUGAGGCGUCUCACGGCUGGACCUUCGGUGCCGCCCUGUGCAAGGUGACGUCGGCGGUGUACAAGGUGAACCUGUUCAGCUCCACGCUGCUGCUGACGUGCAUCAGCGUGGACCGCUACGUGGUCAUCGUGCAGACGGCCAAGGCCCGCAACUCACAGGCCGAGCGGCGCCGCCGCGGGAGGCUGGCGUGCGGCGCCGUCUGGUUGGCCGCCGUGCUGCUGGCCACGCCCGAGCUGGCCUUCGCGACCACCGCGCCGGCCGAGGCGGACGGCGGCCCGCGCGACUUCUGCCGGAUGCUGUUCCCGCCGCACAUGGGGAGGCGCGCCAAGAUGGCCACGCUGUGGGUGCAGGUAAUCAUGGGCUUCUGCCUCCCCUUUGCCGUCAUGGCGGCGUGCUACGGCGCCGUGGUGGCCACGCUGCUCAAGACGCGCAGCUUCCAGAAGCACAAGGCCAUGCGCGUGGUCCUGGCCGUGGUGGCCAUCUUCCUGGCCACCCAGCUGCCGCACAACGCCGUCCUGGUGACGGAGGCGGCGCAGGCAGCCAGCGUGACCGUCACCAACUGCCGCGAGCUCAAGCGCUUCCUGAAAGCGGGCCAGGUCCUGAAGGGCGUGGCCUAUCUGCACGCCUGCCUCAACCCCUUCCUGUACGCUUUCGUGGGCGUGCGCUUCCGCCGGGACCUCAGCCAGCAGCUGCGGGCGUGCGCCCGCCGGCGCCCCCGGACGCCCUCAGACCAGCUCAGCCGCUCCGGGAAAAGUCCGCUGGGGUCCACCAGAGCGUCCGACAGCGACACCUCGCAGGCGCUGUCGCUGUAGGCGGGACUGCCUGUUGGCAUCGUAGGCGGGACUUUCUGUUAGCGCCGUCGCCGGGACUUCCCGUUGGCGCGGCGACGGUUGCGGUGACAGGAAGUGUGAAAGUGCAGACGAACUCCGAGCAGACAAAACAAGCGACAGGAAGUUGAUUGUCACGCCUUUGUAUUCACUUCCUUUCUACACUUCCUCUUUUCUCCUCAAUAUCAUCUGAUGACUUUUAUUGUGAGGGCGGGGCAAGGGGCAUCUACAGACUGAUGAGAGGGGAGGGGGGUGCCACUGUCUCCAGGCAGGUAAGAGAGUGGUCAGCGGGCUCUUCCUUUUUUUCACCUCAACGCCAUUUGAUGUUGUGAGUGAAGAAAUGAAAACAAGACCAACUUCACAAACGUUUACGAAAUAAAAAUCCCUUUUUUCCUCACGUGACCUGUUUUGUCUGCAGAAACUUUGCCCUCCAACACUUCCUGUCACCUGACAGGUCACCUGGUACCGCAAACAGGAAGAGACGCUUAAAGCCAGAACGUUUCUUUUGAAAGGAACAACAAACAAACAGCUGAGUCACAGCGUAUGUGUGUUUGCCUCAUAUGUGCUGACACAGCUACUCGCGCGCACACACACACACACGCACAACAAAGGUCAGAGGUCGGUGCAGUAACACAAACGUGGGCUGAACAAAAGCGCCAUCGUUCCAGAAUCCGGUCCUCCCAUAAAUGUGGCCGUGCGAGGCCCUCU